GACAUGAAGUGCGUUUACCGUAGAAGCACCGACCCAUUAUGACAUUUCGACAGUUGCAGCCGUUGUCAUAAAAUGCAUUGGCAACGCAAAGACGAAACGUAAAUCGGUCUUACAUGGGAAAUCAUUCGAAGAGUCGCCGAGCGCGUAGUGGAUUUCCAUUUGUUUUUGACCCUGCUUUUACGCGCGUUGCGAUGUUGCGAUGGCGUGCACGAGGAGAACCAAAACUUUGGUGUCCACGUGUGUGAUUUUAAGCGGCAUGACCAAUGUUUUGUGUCUGCUGUACGUCGGAUGGAUCACCAAUUACGUGUCGAAUGACGGGAACGGGAAAGUUGCGGGAAAGACGCACGAAAAAAAGUUUGACGAGGAGAACAGAAGCGAAACGUUGCGGAUUAUCGAGAGGCUGGACAGGUUGGAGAGUGUUGUCAACCAGCACAUUCAAGAGAAACCUUUGAAGGACGGCGACGACACAGCCGACCCGUCCCUGUCAGACACUCUUUUUGCCCACUGGGGUCACGACCUCGGCCCGGAGAGCCGCAAAGUGGCCCUGAGGAAGUUCCAGUAUUACGGAUACAACGGCUACCUCAGCGACAGGCUCUCUCUGGAUAGAGCCAUUCCAGACCUCAGGCCUGAUGGCUGCCGAAACAUCUCGUACCCCUCCAGUCUACCGCAAGUCAGCAUCAUUUUCAUCUUUGUGAACGAAGCGCUGUCGGUCAUUCUGCGCUCCGUUCAUUCUGUCAUCCAUCGGACGCCCUCCCACCUGCUGAAGGAGGUCAUCCUCGUCGAUGACAACAGCAACAACGCCGAGCUAAAAGAAAACCUUCAGAGGUUUGUGGAAGAGACCAACCAUCAGCAUCCAGACUUUAUUAAAGUGGUCAGGCAUGACAAACAGGAGGGUCUGAUUCGCUCACGUGUCAGCGGCUGGAGGGCGGCUACCGCCCCAAUCGUCGCCCUGUUUGAUGCCCAUGUGGAGUUCAGCGUAGGAUGGGCUGAACCGAUCCUUCACAGAAUUCAAGAGGACAGAACCCGGGUCAUCUCUCCAUCUUUUGACAACAUCAAAUAUGACACCUUUGAGAUUGAAGAGUAUCCUCUAUCCGCUCAAGGCUUUGACUGGGAACUCUGGUGUCGAUACCUGAAUCCUCCCAAGUCCUGGUGGAUGCAGAAAGAUCAAACUGCACCAAUCAGAAGCCCUGCCCUGAUUGGUUGCUUUGUAGUGGAUAGAAAGUACUUUGAUGAAAUUGGUCUUCUGGAUGAAGGAAUGGAAGUUUAUGGAGGGGAGAACGUGGAGCUGGGCAUCAGGGUAUGGUUAUGCGGAGGAAGUGUGGAAGUGAUGCCCUGUUCCAGAAUAGCUCACAUCGAGCGCGCCCACAAGCCCUAUACGGAGGAUCUGGCAACUCACGUACGCAGGAACGCACUGAGAGUGGCGGAGGUGUGGAUGGACGACCAUAAGAACCACGUUUACAUGGCCUGGAACCUUCCACAACAGGAGUCGGGGAUAGAUAUCGGCGAUAUCACAGAGAGGAAGGCUCUCAAAGAGAGACUCCAGUGUAAACCCUUUAGCUGGUUCCUGAGGAAUAUUUACUCAGAAAUGAGAACCUACACAGAUACAGUCGCUUACGGAGUAUUGAGGAACAGCCUGAGGCCAGAUCUGUGUGUGGAUCAAGGUCCCGACUCCGACAACAUUCCCAUCCUGUACCUCUGCCAUGGAUUGACGCCUCAGAAUGUGUACUACACGAACUCUCAGCAGUUCCAUGUUGGAAGCUUGAGUCCAACCAUCGAUGAUGAUGACAAUAAGUGCCUGGUGGACGUGAACGGGCGACCACGACUGCUGGAAUGCAGCUACGCCAACAACAAGCAUAUGAAGCUCACCUGGAUCUUCACUCAGGGAGGCUCCAUUCAGAACAGACAGUCCAAGCAUUGCCUGGAGCUGGUGGAGAGUACCGAAGUGGAGCACGGUCACCAGCUGGCUCUUCAGAUGUGCAGCAGUCAGAAAUGGACAAUUACCAACAUAUUGCCUGGCAAAGUUUUAUAAAGGACAGAAAGUAACCACAGGGUUUACAGAGAACCUAGAAAUGUCCAGUUACAUACAUGGAUGUUUAAUGAGAUUAAGGACAGAGUUUUUUUACACUGGUAUUUAACACUGGACACACCUUGAUGUCACACCCAGGAGCUCAAGGACAUUGAGAGACAUCUACUGAUAAUUUAUUUUUCAUUUUGACCAAACCGAGUGUUUGAAGAUGGUGGUCCUUGAAUAUACUGUAAAUGAAUUGAGAUUUUCAGCUGUGUUGUUUUGGGGGUGCAUAGCUCCAGUAUAUUAAAGCACUUUUAUUUA